AUGAUCAUAUUCAUCCGAUGCUGCAGAGGGAGUCCUGUUUGCACAACAACUCCUCCAUCACUACUUUCUGGACUGCGUCAAUCGAGCUCAGCAACAUCUUCUCAGGAGUUAAGCAACCUGAGUCUUCAUCCUUCUUACUGGAGAUAUCAAUCUGUGGUGAAACCAAUUAAGAAGGAGAUCAAGAGGGCUCCAUUGAAGAAGAUCCCGCUAAAGAAUCUCAAUGUGAUACUGAAGCUAAACCCAUAUGCUAAAGCCGCAAGGAGGAUGGCUUUGUUGGCUGAGGCACAACGUGUUAAGUCUAAGCAGGAGAAGCUUGACAAGAAGAGGAAGCAAUCACUAAGGAGGAUUGCUCUGAUACCAUAUUGA